AUGUCGAUGGAUGAUGCAAUGGCGUUGUUUCGCAGAUUCGAUGUAAAUGGUAACGGCACGCUCGGAUUCGAUGAGCUACGUGAGUUGUUGCUGAUCGUUGGGGUGCCGCCUGCCGACAUUCCCGGACUUUUUGGCAUCAUUGACACCAAUGCCGAUGGAAAUGUCGACUUCGACGAGUUUGUUCGAUGGAUGUGGAUGCAGCCCGUGGAUGCCAAGGAGAAGAUGGUGGGCAGCACAGCAGUUGCUCGACAGCUCUUGCGGGAAAUCGCCGACAGGCUGGAUGCCGACCAUGUACCAUAUGACACACUUUUCUCGAAUGCAGACGUGUCGAGAGAUGGCCUUCUUUCCCGUGACGAGCUGUCACGGAUUUUGAUGGCGUAUCUGCCAGACGUUACAUCAUCAGUGCUGACAGAAGCGUUCAACCUCUGCGAUUGGGACAACAGCGGAUGGAUUAACGUGCAAGAGUUUGUCGCAGCACUGCGCCGCGAGGCGAGCAGUUUGAAGGCCGCUGUGCCAUCCACGGUGGAUGUCGAAGUGUCAAUACCGCCUGGCUGGCGGUAUGGGAUGCAGUUGCCGGUGACAUACGAUGGUCACAUGUAUUAUGUGGAUGUGCCUGCAGGUUGUACAGUUGGCAGUGCAUUCACCACUACUUUGCAGCGAGCUGCGUGA